ACCGUGAGCAGCGGGAAUUAUAUGAGGCUGCAAAAACAAUUCAAAAGGCCUAUAGGCUCUAUAAGGGACGCAAGAGACUCCAAGAGCAAGAUAAAGAAAGACAAGCAGCCAUAGUCAUUCAGAAUUAUUAUAGACGUUACAAACAGUAUGUGUAUUUUAGACAAAUGAGCAGAGCUGCAACACUCAUUCAGAACCAGUUUCGGUCUUACUGUGAACACAAACGCUUCAAGAAGAGUCUCGAAGGUGGCACUCACACUGGUGUAAAUUUUUCACUGAGAGGAUCCAGAGAGACAACACCUAUACCAACAUUAAAACGAACAUACUCACAGCGAAGGCAACAUCAAGCUGCCCGAAAAAUUCAGCAGUUUAUGCGCCAGACAAAGCAAAAAUUACAGAGAGAGCGAGCGCAGGCGGCAGAAAGAGAGAAAGUGGGCCAGGCGGCGGGCCCGGGGUGCCAGGGACCAGCAGUGGGGGGAACAGCAGCAGUGGGGGGGGCAGCAGUCACAGCACAGCAGCCUCUCCCUCCCCCGGCCCUUCUCCACCAGCUCCCUCCAGCACGGGCGGGCCCCUCAUCGGAGCUCUCCCUCCGCGACACAGACCCUUUACUCUCGAGCACAGCCCAUGCACCUGACCAAACUGACCAUCAGGACUGUCAUUGAAGCUAUUGGAUGGGAGAACUGCCAAGCCUCCUUGGGUAAAGGGAAGCUAAGCAUGAAGCGUCGGUGCUCAAGUUUUUCAUGUGGACAGGACCUGAGAAAUGUAUCAAGACUGAUGAGUGUUCAAAGUGGUGCAUCACUACAGUGGAUGGAGCUGCCAAGGGCUCUGUAAGGAAGUGGAGAUGUGCUCCACCAUCUGGUAUCUGCAGGACUGUGGACAUGAGAGAUGCAGGGAUAAGGGACAGUAACUCUGCCACUGUGUGUGCGCCAGCUCUAGUGACCUUAACAAGUCAAAAGUUUCAUUUGCAUUGUGAUUUGCCUUUCUGAUAGCAAAGCUAUAGUAAUUUCAGUGCAUGUGUAAGGGAAAUCUUUUUUAAAAAGGUGUGAAUAUAUGUAUAAUGGUUAUAGAAAAAAGGUGUAUUAUGCUGCAAACCAGACUGUCUAAAUUGAAUAUCAGCAUCUUUACCUUGCUGAUCCCAAGCUAACAUCACUGCCUGUUAUGAUUUUGCUUUCAAAGGAAAUCUAGCCUGAACAGUAAUUCUUGCUUACAUCCCUAAAGAACAAAAAAUAAAUAAAUAAAUACAUAUUCUGUAGAAUAUGAAUAUUUAAGUUGAACGUUUAUUCAGUCACACUAAAUGUUUACUUGUUAAAAUCAUUUCACAAAAUCUCUGACUACCUCAUUUGAAAAGUAUUCCUAAGACACUAUCAUGGAUGAAGAAACCAUUGUGAUGCAGGGAUGGAGUUGAAUAUUCCACAUUUUAGUAGACUAAAAUUGUAUACUGAUUUGAAAUGUUGGUAUCAAAGUUCCUUUCCUCAUGAUGUGUAUAUGUGUCAGUGAUGGGUUGGGAAAGUAUUCAGGGGUGAAAUGAACAAGUGUGAUAACCAUUAUAUACCCAGUGAGACAUAAUGAUGAUGUAUCUGAUAAUAAUAGGGAUAAUAAUUUUACAUUCACAUGAAUUAUUAUGUUGAUCUUAAGAGAAGAAUUGGCAUAUUUCUUGCCAUGUGUGGAGUGUGGGAAUAUAUCCGAUGGGGAAUUGCUUUUUGAAGGAUUGUAGUCAAAUGUGUUGAUUUCCUUUCCUGUAUAUUUUAUUAUUGAUUUCUCAAACUUCACUAUUUUAAAGCAUUGUACAAAUUAUUCCCAUGCAUCACUGUAGCCAGAAUAGUGCAUAAAAACAGGAAGGCUUAUAUGGCAAUAAUACUGCAUAAUGUUAUUGGAGAUAAGUUCUUCCAUAAUAUUCCUUUGGCCUUAACAUUUGUUUGAAGACAUGUACUUAACAAAAUAUUUAUAAAUAAUUACAUUGUCAGAAGCAAACUAUUUUUAAAAUUGAUAUACUUGAUAUUCAGUGUCAUCAGAAUAGAUGGAAGGUUUUCCCCUUAUAUUUUGACAUAUGAAUUUCUUAUAUACUUAGAGAAAGAUAGCUUGAGCUAAUGUGCUUUCAGUGAGCAAUUGAUAAAGUCUAAAGCGGUAAGGCUUACUGAUAAAUAUAUGUGUUACCCGUACCGAUUCAGCCAAUUUGAAUGGCGAGGCGAGUGUGACUCAGCCUCCCUUGGCUCGGCAUGAGAGGAGAGAUAUGACGCUGUUGAUGCUACGGUACAAAACAGUCCAGGAUAUGUGUGGGAUGUUGUUGCUAUCCCUCAUGAGAGCACUGUUCAAGCGCUCUGGUGUGGCACUUGUGGUGUUUUGUGGUUCACAACCGAGGCCGGUCCUCCCAGUGCCACAGAGUCCUGGUUUGUUGUAGUUGGGUUGUUUACCAAGACGCCUCAUCUAGUCCCCCCUCGUAGCGAGCAGUUAGUGACCUACCCACCAUUUUCUACUAGAUGAAUAUUAGUUAGGCAUUUUGCUUUUUAAAGAAAAUAGAGAAGGGAAGUAUUUUUCAUUCUGCAGUGCUUGAUUCAAUCUUCCCUUACUAAAUAUCUAUUUUUCUUGCUGGAGAACAAAGUAAUAUUAUGAGGGCCAGGAACAUUGCUGGAUGUCUGACCAGUACAGGUCCAUUUUCUCUUAUUCAUAAUAGCAGUUAUGUAUAGACAUACCAGCUUUUAGAAUUUGUCUCUAGACUCAAAGUAAAUGCUUAUUUUUCUUUACUUGAUUUACUCUUUGAGUCUGGAGACCUCCUUGUCUUCUUGAUUACUCUAUCAUAUACUAUAUAGAGUAUUUUAUCCCAAGAGUGUUUUGCAUGUAGUUUGAUCCAACCCUGUGAUCAAUUGUUUAUUUUCCCAUUCUCAUUCCUCUCUGGAGAGUCAGAAGCUUGGCAGAGUGGCUUAUUAAACAAAUAAUUGGAUCAUGAUGAUCUGCAACCAUUCAUUUCAUUGUGAAUUGUAGAAAUUCACUGCCAGUAUUUGAUUUCACAUUGUACUCCAAAGUAUUAUGAAUAUUUGUUUGGUAGCAGACAGAGAAUUUCGUAAUAUUUUUAGUACCACAUAAACAUAACAAGAGUCACAGUUGCAGCAUAGUUAUUUACAAUCUUUCUUGAGUUUAGGAGCAUCAGAAAGGGGAAUGCUUUGAAUUCACUGUUUAGAGUUCAAAUUCUCUUGAUCUCCUUGGUACUCCAGUUUCACUGAUCAUGUCCUGUGGAAAGUUUAAGGAAAUAUAAACUGCUGCAUUUGACUCCAAUACUCAAAAGCUUUUAAACUAGGCAAGUGCAAUUAAUAUAAUUCUCAGGAUGGUACAUGUCAAACAACAAGCAAUGAAUCAGUGAAAUGAAGAUUGCAUCUGAUGGCUCACACCUUAUAUCAUCAUUUCCAUUAUCUUUAAUAACAAUAUUCCAUAGUUCAUCUGUUCAUCAUGGUGCACUUCAUUUACUAAUUAGUUGCACUAUAUCUCAAAACAGUAUUUUAUGCAAAGUAUUACAGUCUGGUAAGCUUGCUCUGUUUGAGGGUUCAUGAAGAUUGUAGACAAUGUAGCAAGCAGUUUGUCCACAUAAAUUUUAUAGGGCAUAAUUUACAUUUAAUUUAAAGGUAUGUGAAGGCAGAUCAAUGACCUCUUCAGUAAUGAUAGACUAGAUUGAAACUUAAUCAGACUCAUUUUCUUGUCACCAUACAAGUUAAAUAAGUCUUCUUUCAGUACCAUUUUAGUAUUGGAAUCGGCAAUCCCACAGUGAAUGAUCUCUUACAAUGUAGUUGAUCCUUGAGAUGGAAACGGAGGACAGUUGUAUAGGUUUCCUCCAAUAGAUUGGAUGGUAUUGUUAGGAUGAUGAGAUACAGCAAUUAGCCAGUCCAUGCUUUUUGGCAGUCUAUUUUUCUGGCAACUUAUUUUCUUCUUCAUCUGUAGUGUAGUGGAACAAAAAAGUAGAGUUAAUGGGUUUCUGUACUCAGGCCACCUAGAGACACUGCAGAUGGUGUUAAUGUUUUACAAAUUUUUUUUAUCAUUAGCCCACAUCAACAAUAAUUACACAUUAAGAGCAGGUUGUCCCCUGCAUCAGAAUUAAAUCAAAAUAAUUUCAGUGUCCUAGGUCGUUUGGAGUCAGAAACUAAAUUUUGAUACCUUGCCAGAAAGGGUGCUCAUUACCUCUGAUUUGAGGGGAUAUAAAGAGCCAAGUAUCAGGAAAGUUCUUGUAUAUAAAGCACUGUAUAUUACUCCUAAGAUUUAAAAACCCUUUUAACAUCCACACGAUGUACAUAGCUGUUGAUCAUGUUAUAAAUUUUAUUCUAUAUUAACUGAUGGAAGACAGUAGUAAGUCUUACAAAUGAUUCUUCUCCCAAACAUUUUUCUUGUUUGCUAUUCCUGCAACUUUUUCCUAGUCUCUCUAAAAUGUGACCAACAAUCCAAGACUGUAUGAGAUCAGAUCUAUAUGUUGUUGAUUUCUAUGAUGUUUAUUUUUGUUCAAAUCUACUUUUUUAUCUAUUUGUUAUAUCUUCAAUGUGUGAUGAACUAAAAGGUCUUGGGUAAAAAUGUAACCUUCACUACAUGAGAGGGGAGUAUUGCACCUUCCUGUAUAAAUAGGGGUUUAAAAUGAAAUAAUAGAUUGCCUGUUCAAAGUAUUAUGCUGGUUACAAAAGAUUGUGCUCUUUCACCCAUUACCUCAAGUCUUACAGUAAUAAUUUCAUGUGGCUUUCACUGUGACCUGCAAGUAAAUCAUCAAGUAAUUGCUCAUUAGCUCAUUUUCUAUCAGCACGAGAUGCACCCAGGGGUAAAACUGCAUCUUUCCCUCUUAAAUCUUGUGUGUGGGAUUCAUAUUUUCAGACAAAGUACACCUUUCACUAUAAUGUAUAUGCAACAGUCUUGUACUGACAGAAGAGAAGAGUAUCAGAUAUUUUAACCCUACUGGUUCAAAUUUUUUCUUUAAUAUAUACUGCAUACAUUUUUAUUAAUUUCUGAAUUCCAUAAGAACAUGCAUCUAGGCAAGAGUCCGCCGAUACUACUGUUCUUGUGGUUUUAUUUUUAUACAGGCGUCAAGUCCAGUAGCAAAACUUGUCGUGUCAGUUAUUCACUGUGAAUUGUUUGUUACUUUGUACAAUUCUUUCUUAUUUUUUUAUUGAAGAUUUGAAGUCUAUUCAGGAAUGUUAUGAUUUUUACUAUUGGAAUAAAAUAUUUAUUGGAUUGCGUCACAGAAAA